UCUCUCUCUCUCUCUCGCUCCUCGCUGUGUCUCUCUUGUAGCCAGAGUAGCUCGCGCUGAAACCGAUCCACCGCAGUACCUCGGACAGAUUGAGUGAAAAAGAGAGGAGAGUGAGGGAUUUAGAGGAUGGGUAAGGGGGCUUAAGGGAAAACACUGAGGAUACAGAGAGAGCGAGGAAUACAGAGAGAGAGAGAGAGAGAGACCAAAACCCAGCGAGCCUCCUGCUGUGAGCUUUCUUGGCUACUGACGUGUGCGCACGACUCUCGUGGCAGGAUGAGUUCGUGCAGCAGCCGUGCGUUGACCAUCCUGUCGACAGUGUUCGGAGCCUGCGGGCUGCUGCUGGUGGGGGUGGCUGUGUCCACAGACUACUGGCUGAUCAUGGUGGAGGGCAUCAUCCUGCAGCAGAACCAGAGCAUGGAGGUGAAGAUGGCGCUGCACUCAGGCCUCUGGAGAGUUUGCUUCGUGGCUGGAUCAGAAAACGGUAGAUGUGUUGCAUCAGAGUACUUCACUGAACCCGAAAUAGAGAUCACCACGGAAAACACUGCAAACAUCCUCAAGAUGGUGAGGACAGCCACGCCCUUCCCCAUGGUGUCCUUGCUUUUCGUCUUCACUGCCUUCGUCAUCAGUAACAUUGGACACAUCCGGCCUCAGCGCACCAUCCUGGCCUUUGUUUCCGGCAUCUUCUUCAUCCUCUCAGGCCUCAGUCUGGUGGUUGGGCUCGUGCUCUAUAUCUCCAGUAUUAACGACGAGGUAAUGAACCGACCCAGGGAGCCUGAGCAGUUCUUCAACUACCACUACGGCUGGUCCUUUGCCUUCGCUGCAUCCUCCUUCUUACUCAAAGAGGGGGCCGGCGUGUUGUCAGUAUAUCUGUUCAUGAAGCGCUACGCUGAGGAGGAGAUGUACCGCCCCCACCCAGCACUCUACCGCCCCCGUCUGUCAGAGAGCAGCGACUACAGCGGCCAGUUCCUCCAUCCAGAAUCCACCUGGCCCCCGCCGAAGCGAGGCCGCAGCACCUCCGAAGCCUCUAGCGACAUCUCAAUCCAGCUCAACCAGGCGCCACCAGCUCCACCCAAAAGCAACCACCAAAAAGGCGGCCAGGGCAGCCCCCCCUCUGGCUCUUCCUCUGCAGGGAGCUACCCACAGUCUGCCGGGAGCUACCCACAAUCUGCCGGGAACUACCCGCAGUCUGCCGGGAGCUACCCGCAGUCUGCCGGGUACCCUUCCACCCACACCCUGCCUAGGUCGCACUCCUCACACCCUCAAGGCCAAGCUAUGCCCAUGGCCAUGCCUCCAUCACCUGUACCCCCCCCUCACUAUCAUGCACACAUGCACAUGAGUGCCUCCCCCUGUUAGGUAGGGGGCGACACAGAUCCCACAUAAUCAUGUAGACUGUACAUUUAGAUGAUGGAUGGGCUUUGGGCACAGAUCACAUGAGCUCUGGAACAAUAAAAAAGAAGAUUUAAGAGAUUUUACAGAGACUGUGAUGGACAGAAAAUAAAAACAAGCUAAAAGUGGAGAAGAAAAAUGAAUUCAGGUGGUGGAAAAAGUGUUUCCUAGAAAGACUUAAGCUGUGAGGUUGAGUGACAGAGGAGAUAUAAGGGAGGGAGAGUGAGGCAGGGUGAGCGAGGUGCUGCGGUAUAAAACCAAGAUGCUGCAGUGCUGCGGGAAAUUUGUAUGCACACUGAUCACUGACGACUGAGGAUGCACAUAGAUUUAUACAUCCAUAAUUCAUGCCAAUACAUGGACUAUGCUACUUUUUUACCAAAGGGUAAAUGUGCUAAAAUAUAUUCGUCUUCUCUCAAUUUCUUACAUCAUAAAUCCAGUUUCAUAACUAGCAAUGUCAAACUAGUAUUAAUAAUAUUAUUAAUUACAAGAUAUAAGUUAACAUUAUAGUAAUUCUGAAUUAAGAACACUGUAUAUGAAUGUUGUUAUAAAAAACAGACAGAAGUGGAUGAUAUUCUGUGAUAUCAUAAGAAAAUAAUAAUGAUUUACAUAUUUGUUUAAGAGACACAUUUUUAACGUCCUGUACAUAAAACUGCACAUGAGGACUUGUGUAUAGAUGUUGUAAAUUAUGAAUGAAGCUUUGGCACAAGUCAAAUCAAGAAGACUCAUUCUGUCUUGGACAAAGACUCUGCAACAGGCGAAACUACAACCAAUGAUAACAACACUUUCAACUUUAUUGUCCCCAAGGGGAAAUUUGCUUUGCAGCCCAGUAAAACCAUAUGAUGUAGAAAUCAUAGGCACAUAGACUGUCCACACCAUCCUGAGUGCAGCUGCAUGCUGGUUUAGAGGAGGAUCCACCUGACACUGAUGCAGGGGUCUGAUGCCCCCUAUUGGCCACUGAUCUGCACUGUCGCUGCACCGGCCCUGACCUGCACUUUGUCGUGGUGCAGCACAGAAGAGUUAGUCCAAAGCGGUAGUCCAUCCAGAAGAUGGAGUGAUGGUGAAUGUCAGGAGGAGCAAAGACAUAUGCUUUAAAGACGGAGACUGGAUUAACAUUUAUUUAUCUGGAUCUCACACAACAAAAUAUUACAUUUGCAAUUAUUGCUCAAAGUGAAACCCCACUGUUUGUGAAGUGCAGCAAACAAUGCUGCUUUAUUCCAAUGUUAACACUUUGUGUGCAUCAUGCAGAGGGUUUCUAGAGUAUCUGAAAAAUGAUGUUCUUAUGAAAUAUGACAUGGAGCUCUCUUGUGUCUAAGGCUGCAACUAUGACUAUUUGUGGCAUUAACCUAUCUGCUGAUCAUUGCCCAAUAGUUACUGUUUAUAACAUGUCUGAAAAUGUUGAAUAUUCCCAAUGUUAUCCUCCAAUCUGAGAUGAGGCAUUCAAACGUUUUGCUUUUUAAGGCCAAUUUUGCAAAGAUAUUUAGUAUUCCAACAUAAAUCACAAAGAAAGGCAUCAGAUGGUCAAACUACAGGAGCAUCAGCCAGAAAGUGUUUAGCAAGUUCACUUGAAAAUAAGUCAAUGUACUACAGUAUUGGCAGAAUGGUGCUGAUUAUUUUUAGUUGGCAAAGGUUUAUAUUAUUAUCUUUUUGCGACUCCAAAUGUCUUUUUUUCAGCUCUCUGUUCCAAAGUAAAAGGCAGGUUGGAUACUGCAGACUAUCUCAAAUAUGAAAAGUGAUUCCCUCUGAUAAAAUGCUGCAGCAGGUAUCAGGUGGGUCUGAGUAGCACUUUGUAUGUAGCAGGUUGCAUGAGAGUAUGUUAACACUUUUCUGUGCAAUUUAUCCAAUAAUAAGAUACAUUUUCAGAUGCUCUAGAAACUAAAUGGCCCUUACUAGAUGAUUUUUUUGAAUACCCUGCAGUAUCUGAAAGCUGCAGAAUAUUAUUCUUCUCCACACAAGUAGAACCCAUGUUUGAAAAACAAGAGAUGAUUCAUAUUUUUACUUGCACAAGUUUUUUUUUGUUAGAGUUUGUUUUAAGAUAUAGAUAUGUUGAUAUGAUAUAUCUCUGGAAUGAGAAUUAAACCAGAGUCAUUGUGUAAUGGCUGGUUUUCAUUAUCACUGUGAUGCUGCAGAGAGAGAAACACGUUAACAUGGGAGGGAACUCCUAAAGACUUGCAAGGUGAAUAUAGUGUGAUGUCGUGAAGAUAUCAUCAUGUUUUUAUGCAGGGUUCUGUUAAGCAAGCAUGUUUUGUUUUUACAGUGUACUGUUUUUGUUUAUGUACUCAUAUUUGAGGUGAAGCCCAGUGUAACUGCAGUAUUUAAUACUGGCUUUGCUGUUACAGUUAGGGGGUUAAGUGCCUUGCUCAAUGGCACCUCGGCUGUAGCUGUUGAAGAAGAAGAAUUCCCCACUAAUGGACAUCUAGACCUGCAUCCACCUGUCUAACCGUCAGACUGCUGCUGACUCAAUCGUGACAGCUGAGAACUGUUCCUUCUGUUUCUUAAUCUGCAUAACACAUUUCCUACAAUCAUUUCUUAAACUGAGGUAUUCCUCUUUUUUUUGUCUCUGUACUUCUUUUUUUUUGAGCUCUCUACCCAAUGCUUCUCUCCUUUGCCCCUACAUGAAAAUAUAGAAGGGUGUAGCUGCGUCUGUUUUUUGCAUAAAGACUCGACUUAUUGCACAUGUCCCCUUCAACAACUACCUUGUAAAGAAUAAAAAUAGCAAAACAAAUGCUUUAAAAAUGGAACUGAUGCUGUAUAUCCUGAGUUAUAUAAUUCAAAAGCAAUUUUGAUAAGAUCACUGUUUUAAAAGUGUUGACAUCUGUGUCACACUUUCUUAAAUACAUGAAUAAAACUUUCAACAUGGGAUUAUUUCACCCUGCCUGCA